AUGGCUUUCAUGAGGCUUGGAUCAAAAUCAGAUGCAUUUCAUCGUGAGGGCCAAACAUGGAAUUGCACGACCGGACUUCCAAGUGAUGUUACUGUUAAAGUAGGCGAAACAAUAUUUCUUCUUCACAAGUUCCCAUUACUUUCUAGAAGUGGAUUGCUCAAGAAACUGGUUACUGAUUUCACAAAUGAGGAUGGAUCAGAUUGUGUUUUACAACUUGAUGAUGUUCCUGGUGGAGACAAAACAUUUGCGCUUGUAACCAAGUUUUGCUACAAUGUAAAAAUAGAAGUCACAGCAUCAAAUGUUGUUAGUCUGAGAUGUGCAGCAGAGUAUCUACAGAUGAAUGAAAAUUAUGGUGAAGGGAAUCUAAUUGCGAAGACUGAGUCAUUUCUCAACGAAAUCUUUAGUAAUUGGUCAGACUCUAUAAAAGCUCUUCAAACAUGUGAGGAAGUUAAAACUUGUGCAGAAGAGUUACACAUUGUUUCAAGAUGCAUUGAUUCAUUAGCAAUGAGGGCAUGUUCUGACCCAAACAUGUUCAAUAGAUAUGUGGAAGAACAUGAUUGCUCAAAGAACUCAACUCAAGAUCCCACCUCAUUGAAUGUAAUUUCUUUUGAGACUAAAUCAGUGUCCCCAAGUGAUGAUUGGUGGUACGAGGAUUUGUGUUUGUUAAGCUUACCCUUAUUAAAGAGACUUAUUUUAGCCAUUGAAGGAAAAGGUAUGAAUCUAGAGAAUAUUGCUAGAUCCCUCAUAUAUUAUAUUAAGAGGUUUGUCCCUUUGAUGAAUUCGCAAGCAAGCUCCAAUGAUAAAACUAGUGUCAACAAUGAAACAACCACUACCAGUACAACUUCUGAAGCAGAUCAACGAUCAUUGCUUGAAGAAAUUUUGAUUUUUCUUCCUGAUAAGAAAGGGGUCACACCCUCAAAAUAUCUACUUAGGUUGCUACGAACUGCCAUGAUAUUACAUGCAAGUCCAUCAUGCAUAGAAAACUUGGAGAAAAGAAUUGGAUCACAACUUGAUCAAGCUGAGCUUGUAGAUCUUCUGAUUCCAAAUAUGGGACACUCGGUUGAGACCCUUUAUGAUAUAGACUGCAUUCAUAGGAUUGUUGACCAUUUUAUGUCUAUAUACCAGACUACAACUGCAUCAACUACUCCAUGCAAAAUUGAAGAAGGGCCAAUGGUAGCUAGAACUGAUGCCCUUGCGCCUAUGACAAUAGUGGCAAAUUUAAUAGAUUCAUAUCUUGCUGAGGUGGCUCAUGAUGUUAAUUUGAAGUUGCCUAAGUUUCAGGCCCUUGCUUCUGCAAUUCCAGAUUAUGCUAGGCCACUGGAUGAUGGUUUAUAUCAUGCAAUAGAUGUGUACCUUAAGACACAUCCAUGGCUUGUAGAUUUUGAGAGGGAACAAUUUUGCAGACUGAUGAACUGCCAAAAACUGUCAUUAGAAGCAAGCACCCAUGUAGCAAAAAAUGAAAGGUUACCGCUUCGAGUGAUCGUAGAAGUUCUCUUUUUUGAACAACUUCGGCUUCGGACAUCAAUUUCUAGUUGGUUGUAUGUUUCAGAGAAUCUUGAGAACCCACAAAGGUCCAAUGGAAUUCCUAGCCUCCCAAGGAAUAAUGAUAGUGACCAACUAGACCCAACACAUGGUGCUGAAAACUUGAAAGACCUUGUCUCGGAGCUAGAAAAGGAAUGUUCAUGCAUCAAGAAUGAACUUCAAAAGUUGGCUAAGACAAAGAAAAGUUGGAGCAUUAUCCCAAAAAUAUUUUGUAGGAAAAAUUCUUAG